AUGGCCAGUAAGUGGAGAGACGGUCCGCGUAUGGGACUUGAGACGGCGAAGAAGACGCGGCGGCGGCACCAGGAGCCGCCCGGCGACGGCGAGCGGGAGCUGCCGCGGUGGAUGCGGCUCUAUUUCUACGGGAUGCACGGCGUGACUCUGGACAUCCUCCUGUCGUCCCUUCAGGGGGCCUUCAACAACUGGGACCCCAAGCUGCUGGGCUUCUCCUCUCCCUAUCUCUGCGUCGUGCACUCUCUCACCCACUUGGCGCUGGAGAAGAUCUACUCGCAAAAGAAGUGCUUCCGCGGUCGGCCUGUGGUUUUCCACCUCGUCUUCUACCCGUCGGUGUACAUCGGGCUGCAGAUCCUGAUCGGCAACAUAAACACGCGGACCGAGCAGGUGAGGGUGGUUUCGGCCACGCAGCUCGCCGUGCACUACGUCCUGGCUCUCUAUUUCACCCAGGUGUUUCACAAGGGGCUGUCUCGUCUCACGUACCAGCCGCGCCGCCACAUUCCCGACGUAUCGCCGGGGGAGGCUGCGCCCCGGCAGCCGCGGCGCAGCCUCCCCGGCGCGGCGCGCUUCCUCUUCUUCGGCAUGCACGGCUUCCUCGACGAGGUGGUUUUCACCUCCGUGUUCGACCUCUUCGAGAAGUCGGACCGGACCCUCAGCGGAUACACGUCCCUCUGGUCCUUCCUGAUGUACGGCAGUUGCAGCUUCGCGGUGGAGAAGCUCUACCUGCACCUGCACUUCAGGAGAGGCUGGGCCACAUGGCAACGGCUCCCCAUCUACGUCUGCUUCAUCUACACCUGGGAGUUCUCCUGGGGGCUGCUUCUCAGGCAGUUUGACGCCUGCUCCUGGGACUACUCCCACUACCCACACAAUGUCAUGGGCCUCAUUACCCUCCUCUACCUGCCUGGGUGGGUGUGUUUGAGCCUGUACCAGGAUGUGCUAUCCGAUGCCCUGCUGAGGGUCAAAUGCACCAAAGACGAAAGUGAUGGAGAUGACCGCCAGCUGUCCGCUGACGCUGAUGUGAAUGGACAACUAGAGCCGGGGAAAAAGCUAAUUUAA